GAUGCAUGACAACGAUAACAACACACGGAGACAAAACCCGAACCCGAGAAAAUAAAAUAACUUAACGCCGGAAACGGCAAGAGUUGGAUUACAUAUUGGGAAAAUCAUAUCCGGGGUGUUACAAGCAUCCAGUGUUCAAUCCAGCAUCCAGUGUUCAAUCCAGCAUCCAGUGUUCUACUCCAGCAUCCAAUAGGGAGGCAUUCAGUAACUGGGGGCGGGGCGGGGAAUACCAGCAGCAGCAACAGAGGCGGGCGCGGGCGCGACCGUCGAAGCAGGACCAGCGCGGAGAGGAAGAUCCUGGCCUUGGAGGGGAGGUUGAGCAGGGCCAACGCGUCGACGAACACCCUGGGCCAGAGCGGCGACGAAGACCCAGCGCCGGCGACGGCGGCCAGAAUUGUCCGCGGCGACGGCGACCAAGGUGGACGAAAUCAAGGACCCAGUCAUCGAUUUUGUGCUUCUCGGCACGAUUCAGAGGGAGGUGACUGUUGGAGCAAUCCCGCCGCUCAGGUAGGCGAAGGCACAACCAUGGCGGCUGCGCAGGUGGGCGGCGGCGCAAGUCGCGUCCGUGGAGGUCCCGCGCGUCUCCUCCGUGACGAUGCAGGUCGUCUCCUGCACAGGCGGCUGGGUCCUGUGAAAUGAGGCUGGGUGCUGAGGAGAAUGGGGGACUGGGGAGGAAGACGGGGGACCAUCCGGAGCCGGCGAUGUGUGGGCGACGGUGGAGAACUGAGGAAGGAGACGGGUGUUUUUUCAAAUGAUUUGAAAGUAUAAGGACGUGUUUGCAAAAUGCGUACUGUACAGGACUCGCGACAUCUAAAUCCGAACGGAGGGAGUACCUGUUAGGCUGUUGCUACCAAGGAAUUAUUAGUUAAUGCUCGCAGGAAAUUUCUGGCACUACGGAUUUGAAACACGAAGCACACACAUGGACAAACGAAACGUUCUUAAUUAACUUGAUUGACUUCUCAACGGCCGGAAAAACAUGCGUCCCUGUCAAUCAGCUGCCUGAUCUAGGUACUAUAACUACAAAAUACUGGCUAGCUACAGUCCAGGUCCAGCUUACACAUGACCGGUUCAUGCAUAUCUACAUCAGCCAUGUCAACCGGCCGAAUGUAACCAUCAGGGUUAGUGAGCUCAUUUUCUGAAGAAAUCAGGGAGCUGGGUGAGCCAAUUGAAGGACGAGCGGUGGCUACUACCGGCCGGUGUAGUAACGUUCCAACGAAGCAAGAAAGAUCGGAAAAAAUCAUUGCCAAUAAGGCUGGCUAGGUCUUCGAAUGCUCGCCUAUAUAAGCAGCUUCCUGCUGGAACUAUAGCAGCAGGCAUUCUCCGCGCACUGAUCGAUCACCUUCCUCUUCUCUCUCUCUUUUAUCUUAGUCAAGAACUCGAGCUAGCUAGCUUGAAACAAUGGCGGCUGUUGGUGCUGAGAAGAUGUAUCUUCUGCUGGCGUGUGCUUUGCUGCUGCUUGCCGUGGGGUGCCAGGCCAGCCCUCUGCAGAUCGGGUUCUACCACGACAGGUGCCCCCAGACGGAGGCCAUCGUCAAGGGCGUUAUGAUGGACGCCAUCUCCCAGAACCCCGGCAAUGGCGCCGCCAUGAUCCGCAUGCUCUUCCACGACUGCUUCGUCGAGGGUUGUGACGCUUCAGUCCUCCUGGACCCGACCCCGUUCAGCCCGACGCCGGAGAAGCUCAGCGCGCCCAACAAUCCCUCCCUGCGCGGCUUCGAGCUGAUCGAUGCCAUCAAGGACGCCCUCGAGGCGGCCUGCCCGAGCGUCGUCUCCUGCGCCGACAUCAUCGCUUUCUCGGCCCGCGACGCGUCCUGCAUCCUCAGCGGGGGAAAGGUGGACUUCGAGGUGCCGUCCGGCCGCCGCGACGGCACCUUCUCCAACGCCUCCGAGCCGGUCAAGUUCCUCGUCCCACCCACGUCCAACCUCAGCGACCUCGUGGACAGCUUCGUCGUCAAGGGCCUCGAUGCGGAGGACCUGGUCAUCCUCUCCGGCGCACACACCAUCGGUCGCUCCCACUGCUCCGCCUUCGUGCCCGACCGCCUCAACGUCUCCUCCGACAUCGACGGCGGCUUCGCCGCGUUCCUGCGUGGACAGUGCCCCGCGGACGCCGCCCCGGGCGGCAACGACCCGACGGUGAUGCAGGACGUGGUGACCCCGAACGACCUGGACAGGCAGUACUAUAACAACGUGCUGUCGCACACGGUGCUCUUCACCUCCGACGCGGCGCUCCUGACGUCCGAGGAGACGGCGAGGAUGGUGGUGGACAACGCCAACAUCCCUGGGUGGUGGGAGGACAGGUUCGAGAAGGCCAUGGUGAAGAUGGCCGGCAUCGAGGUGAAGACCGGCGACCAGGGACAGAUCAGGAAGAAUUGCCGCGCAAUCAACUAGUACAACUAAGUGCAUGCAUGUGUGUCUACGACGUGCAUGCAUGGUGAAGGAUCACUUCAUCUCCAUUGUUUGCUUUCAUCCUGCAAGCGAGUUACCGCUGUAAAGUUUGGUUGUUUUAGCAUCCAUCAUUGUUGUCA